GUUUGCAACCGGUAGCUUUCCGGUACGGGCUCCUGUUUUCAUCGAUUAAAAAAAUUAGCAUUAGCAGACCAAGCGAGCAUGCUAUAGCUUAAAUUCAAAUACGUUUGCGUUGGCAGACGAACGGUUGAUCUGUGACUCUUCAAACUGGGUGAUAGUUUUCUCUUUUUUGUGUGUAUAAUAUAGCUACGCUUGUGUUGUCACAAACCCUGAACGGAGUGUUAGCUACCGUUAGCUAGCAACGUUAAUGCCACAAUAAGUUAUUUAGUAAACGGGAAGGGGGGGGGCUGUUGGUAAAAUUAGCCUUUAGUUACACCUGUGUAACGAUGCGGACGGAACCGGUUUGAAGAAAUAAAUCAAGAAAAAAACGGCUACAGUUUACAAAGGGUCUAAGGUUAGGAUAGUAGGUUGUAUCGGAGGCCGACUGUCGGGAUGGCUGCUGCACAACCUGCAAAAGGACCGAGUACUUCGAAAAGUGAAAACGUCGAUCUGUACAGUGACCUGUAUCCAAGCGAUGAGGAUUUGGAUAAAGUUACUGAAGCGAAUGAACUCUUUGAUGCAGUCUUAACUGGGACCGUUGACGAAGACAAAAAAGUUUCUAGUAAACCAGUUUCCACCAAAAAGGCUUUUGGAGAAGAAGAAGAUAUAACUGAUAAGACAGCACAAAACGAAGGAAAACGAGCGAGAAACCUGUCUAUAUAUGUUGGGAAUUUUCCCUGGUGGACAUCCGACCACGACCUCAAAAGCCUGGCCCAAAAACUGGGAGUUAAAGACAUUGCAGACAUCAAAUUUGCUGAAAACAAAGCUAAUGGCCAGUCAAGAGGCUAUGCAGAAGUGGUGGUAGCUUCAGAACAGUCAUUAAAAAUAUUGCUAGAAAAAAUGCCACAGUUUUGCAUUAAUGGGGAAAAGAUACAAUGUCGCUUUGCAACUCAGCAGAAUCUUUCGGUGUUUGAAGGCAUUGCAAAUAAACGUAUACCCCUACGUGCUCGACUGGGUUCUAGAGAUUCCGAUUUUGUUGAGAAGACUCAAACGACAACGCCUUCACAAGAAAUGAGUGCUCUUCCUGUUCCUCCGCCACUUUUCCCAUCACACCCAUUCGCAAACAUGUUUCCCUCACCUCCCACUCCUUUUCUCGGGCAGCCACCUCCACUGUUCCCACACAUGGCACCAAUGGUUCCUCCCCUAAUCCCACCUCCUGUUUUCCCUCCGCAUCCUGGGCAAAUCCCUGGUCAUUCUCCUCCGGAGCUGCACAUAAACCCGCCUUUCUUCAACCUGCCGCUAGACGGGCAGAACAGCAAGUCACACACCGAAAAAAAGCAAACAUCUUACAGUGAAAAUGGAGACUAUGAGGAGCAGAUGAACAGAAACAGAGCAAUUGCCAGCAGUGCAAUAACUAAGGCUGUUUCAGGAGCUGCAUCUGGAGACGUGCAUAUGGCCAUGGAAACGCUAAUAACUGCUAUUUCCAUCAUCAAGGAGUCCAGAGUGUAUGAAGAUGAAUACUGUCAAGCUCUUGUCACCUCCCUUAAAGACUGUUUGUUCUCAAUCCAAGGGGACUAUAGCCCCAAGCAAAGCCGACAUUCCAGAGAAAAAGACCGCGACAGGGGGCGUGACAGAGACCACGAGCGAGAGAGAGACUACGAGCGUGACAGAGAACGUGACAGAGAGCGUGCCAGGGAGAGGUACAGGGAACGAGAUGAUGCAUAUGACAGGAAAAGUGUUGGAGGAUCUCGAAGAUACAGGGAGCGUACCAGCAGUGAAGAGAGGGACAGGGAGCGCUCGAGAGACCGAGAGCGACACAGAGAUCACAGGGACAGAUACCACUAAGUCGGUAAUAUACCCAACGGUUGAAAUAGAGUUCACGGGGAUGGACGUCUGUGUGUUCGGCAGGCGUAGAGCUAAAAGAACUGGCAGCAUUGCGAGGCAAGGCCUCAAACAUGUACGGCUGUAAGCCUUCUACACCAAACGAAGCUUCUGCCUCCCUGGCGUCCUCUUCCAGAUCAUCUUCGUCCCCAUUUUUCCUCCCUUUAAAUAAAAAAUGUAUGACAGAGGAGACUUAUCCACGACCUCCGACACAAAACUCUCCUCCUCUUACAUAUUUCUGCUGUCCAUGGCGUUCCUUGACAGUGUCGUGACAAUCACACUUAGUGUAUAGGGAUUGCUGAAGAGUCAAUGAGUCGAUGCAAUCAACUACCGGUAGUUUUCCUUAGAAAACUUUGAAUCAAUUUGACUGUAUGAUCUGGUGAACUGUAAAGUGCCUUGAGAUGACAUGUGUUGUUAAUUGGAGCUAUAUAAAUAAACAGAAGUGAAUUGAAUUAAUAAACUAGAUGGACUGUAUACAAUAAAGUUAUAUGGCUAA